UUUAAACCAACUUCCUCAUUUUCAGACUUAUUUGUCAUUGGGACUAGCAACAUUGCAGUUUAUGUCCACAAUUAGAAAGAAUGUUUGUGAAGUUAAUGAUUAAACUUAGUUUUAAUUAGGCAUUUCUCGCUCUGCUGAUACAGCGAAGGCACCGCCGAAGAAGUGUGGUCUGAGGUGAACGAUGAGUGAAUCUGAUACAGGGGGCACUUCAACUCAAGAAGAUCCUGAGGGUGAAUUGGAAUUAUUGGGGUGGUUCCACAAUGGCCUCUCCCGACAUGCCACCGAGGCCCUUCUCCUCUCCAAUGGGAAGGACGGGAGCUACCUCCUCCGGAAGAGCCAUGAAGGGCCCAACUGCUACGCUCUUUCUGUCAGAGCAAAAGAUUCUGUCAAACACUUUCAGGUCACACGAUCUGGCACCACUUACACCUUUGGGUUUAAUGAGUUCCGAUCGAUUAAAGAGUUUGUCAGCCACUUUGCUAACGAACCCCUUUUAGGGAGUGAAACUGGAACUCUUAUUUUACUGAAAUGUCCCUAUCCCAGAGAAGUGGAGGAGCCAUCUAUUUAUGAGUCUGUGCACGUCCACACAGUCAUGCACAGCGGGCGCACAGAGAAUGACCUGGUUGCCAACGCUGAUUCGCUGGGGACAAAGGAGGGCUAUCUUAUAAAGCAAGGAGCAAUAAUUAAGAACUGGAAAACUAGGUGGUUUACGUUAAAUAGGAAUGAACUAAAAUAUUUCAAAGAUAAAAUGUGUGCAGAGCCUAUUCGUACUUUAGAUUUAAUGGAAUGUACAGGCAUACAGUUUGAUUACUCUCAAGAAAAAGUCAAUUGUUUUUGAUCCAUUGCUGUCAUCAGUGGUUGUCCGGGAGCUCCGCCAUCUCACUGGCAUUAUAACAUUAUUCCCAGUUUGACCCUUGACCCUAGUUUAACCUUUGAGCCUCAUGUCCGUAACAUCACUAAGGUGUCUUUUUUUUCCAUCUCCGGAAUAUAGCCCGUGUGUGUUCUAGUAUUUCUCUGUCUGAUGCAGAGAGGCUGGUGCACUCCUUUGUCUCCUCCCGGCUUGACUACUGGAAUGCAUUGCUUGCGUGUGCCUCAAAGGCUGCUCUAGGCAGGCUAUAGUAUAUCCAGAAUUCCACUGCUUGUGUUUUGAGCAGGAUCCACAUUGUGUGUACAUAUCACACCAGUUCUGGCUUUUAAAAUGUUAUUGUUAACUUUUAUAAUGCCUUUAACGGUCUGGCUCCCAGCCACAUCUCAGUCCUGUUAAAGUACAUUCCUACGCGUACUUUGUGCUCUGCAACCUCUGGACUGUUAAGAAUCCCUAAACUAAGCUUCGUUCUAUGGGUGAUAGGGCAUUUUGCUGUUACACACACAGGGUCUGGAAUGAUCUCAAGGACUCUAAAACCGUAAAUAUUUUUAAGAAAUAACUAAAAACGCAUUUUUAUUUGUUGGCAUUCCGUCAGAGUUAGGGGUUUAUGUCAUUUGGAAUUAUGUACUGCUUUGUUUUGUAUCUUGAGCUAAAAAUAUGUAUUGUCUGUGUAUCUGUUGUGUUCUUAUAUUGAGCUUUGCUGUGUUUUUUUUGUUGUUUUGUUAUUGUAAAGCGCUUUGAGAUGCUGUGCAUUUAGGCGCUAUAUAAAUAUACUAUUAUUAUUAUUAUUAUUAUUAUUAUUAUAUUUCAUGAUUAUACUAAUGAUUACCAACAUCUUAAAGUGUCUGAAAUGAACGUCCAAAAUUGUGAAACUGCAAAGUUUAGCCAAUAAUUAGUCAAUUAGACAUUAAUCACUAUCGUUCGUCUUCUCGAGAAAAAAAAAAAAAGAUAAUUCAAGAAAAUCCAUAGAAAAUAAAAUUCACUGUUUUUCAAUAGAUGUUUUACUGGUAAAUGUUUUUAAACUGUUCUGAAAUUAUUAAUUUGUUUUCUAUUCAAGAAGCACAAGUUCGCUAAUACUUGAUUGUUUUAGGGAAUCCCUCUGUGUCAUGUACAUGAAAUCAUGUGAUGAAUACUUUCUACCCCCACCAAACACAAACACAACUGAACUUGAGUUGCCUCAAAAGACGAGUGGUGAAAAAAGAUUUUAAAAGAUAAAAUAAACACAUUUCCCAUUCACGAAAUUAAAAGACAAUGUUACAAUCUUAUGGAGUCCCAAUUAUAUACAGACAUGUCAUGGUUACUAAAGAUAUAUGAUUUUCAGCCAGUUUCAGUUUGUUUUUUUCCAACUGAAAACAAAAUGUCACCUUUUUUUUGACGAAAGAGGAUUAGGCCCUUGCGAAAAAGAAUAUUUUGUUGUGAGGCCAAUUCUGUACUGCACAUGCUUAGAACUACAAUUUAAAAUCCCUAUAACUCAGGAAUAGAUUCAUAUUUUUUCAUCAAACCAGAAAAAGGCACUGUUCUAGGCCAGUCCUCUUGUACCCUAAAAUUGUGAAACAAAAAUUCAAAACCAUUUGGGAGCUGGAGACUGACAAAAAAAUCCAGCAAAAAAAACAGUUUUUUUUUUUUGUUUUUUUAAUAUAUUUUUUUCACUAUCUGGAUGUCGGAAUCUGUAUAUCCGAGCAGAACAAAAUGGCCCACAUCAAGAGAUCUAACCAAAGGGACCACUCAUCCAAAUGAUUUAUUUAUUAGAUGCCUUUAUCCAAGGCGACUUACAGAGACUAGGGUGUGUGAACUAUGCAUCAGCUGCAGAGUCACUCACAAUUACAUCUCACCCGAAAGACGGAGCACAAGGAGGUUAAGUGACUUGCUCAGGGUCACACAAUGAGUCAGUGGCUGAGGUGAGAUUUGAACCGGGGACCUCCUGGUUACAAGCCCUUUUCUUUAACCACUGGACCAUACAGCCUCCUAUAAAAAUAAGGAAGUUAGCAUCAUUGAGGGGACACACAUUAUUAUUAUUUAUUUCUUUGCAGACGCCCUUAUCCAGGGCGACUUACAAUUGUUACAAGAUAUCACAUUAUUUUUACAUAUUAUUACCCAUUUAUACAGUUGGGUUUUUACUGGAGCAAUCUAGGUAAAGUACCUUGCUCAAGGGUACAGCAGCAGUGUCCCCCACUGGGGAUUGAACCCACGACCCUCCGGUCAAGAGUCUAGACCCCUAACCACUACUCCAUACUACUGCACACAAAGUUCUUAAUGUGCAGAAAUUGAUGUUUAACAUUAAACUGCCUACUCAACCCUACUGCGCCACUAUUCCAUUCAUACUUUUUACAAUAAACAUUUAUAUAUUUUACAUUAAACAUGUUUCUUCUCCUUCACACGUUUUUGUUUAGCAUGAAUAUCAUCUUUGUUUACAAACAGAUGAUCGAUAAGCUAUUCCAUUAUCCUAUGUUUCUUUACUUAUUAUUAUUAUUAUUAUUAUUAUCAUUAUUAUUAUUAUUAUGUAAUUCCUAACUCUUACCAGUAAUAACUGAACAUUAGUAUUACCCCUUCUAUUGGAAGAUUACCAAAUAUAUGGCUGUAACAAAACACUUGUCCCACAUGUCAAGCUAUGGCAACUGCAUUAAGGUAAGCACCCUAAUAAACCUUCUGAAUAAAGCAAAGUACUGCCAUAUAUCAUAUACAGUUUCUCAACAACAUGCACAAUACAUAACCCGCGGCUCUAUCACCAGUAGAAUAACAAUAACAAUAUAAACACAAUAACAUGUAUUUAAAUAUUACAGUGAGGGUCUCAGCCUCACAACAUAGCUUACUAAAGUAAGUUAUUUUGAAGAAAAAGUGCAACGUUUCAUUCAGUUCAGAUUUUAUACAAAACUGCACGCACUUAUGACCCUAAGUAAACAGAUUACUGCAACCUUGUUUCUUUAACAGUAAAACAAACGUGGUGAUGCAAAACCUACAUGCUGCUUUCUCUUGCUGUUUUAAAUCUGCUAUUUCUCAAAAUGAGAUCAAUUAUUUUAAUUAUAGAAAUGUAAGGAC